AUGCAGCCCCCUUUCCCCUGUCCAGUCGAGACUUGGCGUAACGACACCUAUGAAGCUAUUUCGCCGUCCCGUCCGGAACUUAGUGUUGCUGGUAAAACCGUUGUGAUCAUAGGGGCGGGCGGUGGUAUUGGGCAAGAAACAGCAUUGGCAUUUGCUGCCGCUGGCGCCUCUACUAUUGCACUCCUCGGUCGUACUGAAACCACCUUGGAAGAGACGGCCUCGAAGAUCAAAGCAGUUAAUAAAUGCUUGCCGGCCGUCCAUGUAGCGGACGUCACCAAUGAGGCCGACUUGAAUAAAGCGGCUGCCAUUAUCGGUAAAUGGCACAUUCUUGUCAUCAGUUGCGGCUGGUGUCCCACGCCUUCACCGCUCGUUGCAUCCGGAGUCGGAGACUGGUGGGCAGGUUACGAGGUUAAUGUCAAAGGCACGUUAUUGGCGGCCAAAACUUUCCUUCCCACAGCCGACCGCCCAAACGCCGCUUUCUUGUCCGUGAUCAGCGAUAUCUCAUUCAUGCCCGCGGCACACCUACUCGGGCUCUCAUCAUACAUUACUGCAAAUCUCGCUAAGGGCAAGAUCUUCGAAUUCUUAGCAGCUGAGAAUCCCGACGUCUUCGUUGCCACGAUGCAUCCAGGCAUGGUCGACACAGACAACUUUAGAAGAUCAGGUGCUACGCCUGAGAAUCUUCCGAUGGAUACCGCACAACUCCCUGCUCAUUUUCUUGUCUGGUUAGCGAGCCCUGAAGCUGCAUUUCUCAGAGGCCGCUGCGCUUCUGCAAAUUGGGACGUUGAGGAGCUCAAGGCUCUGAGGGCCAAGUACACUGACAGCCUGUUCAUGUCGUUUGGGUCUAAAGGACUUCCUUGA